AUGUCGGCCGUAGAUGCGAAGCUAGCCAAGCGCCAGCGCUUUGAGGGCGUGUUUUCCAGGAUUGUUGAGGAGCUCCUGGACUACCUGAAGUCGCAGUCGAUGCCUGAGGAGGCCAUCGACUGGUACAAAAGGAAUCUCGAGUACAACACGCCGGGCGGCAAGCUGAACCGUGGUCUGUCGGUGGUCGACACGGUGGAGAUUCUGCUGUGCACGAACGAGAGCAGUGAGAAGGUGCGGGAGCUGACGGACGACGAGUACAUGCAGGCGGCGAUCCUGGGCUGGUGUAUCGAGCUGCUGCAGGCGUAUUUCCUCGUGGCUGACGACAUGAUGGACGCGUCGAUUACACGCCGCGGCCACCCGUGCUGGUACCGCUUGGAAGGCAUUGGCAACAUCGCGAUCAACGACGCGUUUAUGCUUGAGGCGGCGAUCUACUUUAUGCUCAAGAAGCACUUUAAGGGCCAGCCGUACUAUGGCUACCUGCUGGAGCUCUUCCACGACGUGACCUUCCAGACGGAGCUGGGCCAGCUGAUCGACCUGAUCACGGCGCCAGAGGACUCGGUCGACCUGAGCAAGUUCUCGCUGAAGAAGCACCACCUGAUCGUGGUGUACAAGACGGCGUUCUACUCGUUCUACCUGCCCGUGGCGCUGGCCAUGCGCAUGUGCGGCGUGAGCGACGAGGACGCCUACAAGAAGGCCGAGGAGAUCCUCAUCCCGCUCGGCGAGUACUUCCAGGUGCAGGACGACUACCUGGACUGCUAUGGCGCCCCGGAGGUGAUUGGCAAGAUCGGCACCGACAUUCUAGACAACAAGUGCUCGUGGAACAUCAACGUGGCACUGGCGCACGCGACGGCGGAGCAGCGCAAGGUCCUGGACGAGAACUACGGGCGCAAGGACGCGCAGUGCGAGCAAAAGGUGAAGGACGUUUUCAACGCGGAGAACAUUGACCUCAAGGGCAAAUUUGCCGACUACGAGCGUGCGAGCUACGACCGCAUCCAUGGCCUAAUCAAUGCCAUCCCUGAAUCGUCGGGGCUCAAGCGCCAGGUGUUUGUCGCCUUCUUCGAGAAGGUGUACAAGCGCAGCAAGUAG